AUGGCAGAGAGCUCUGUGUCAGCAGCAGAGGUGGAGACCUGCUUCAGAAAGUUUGCUGUUCACGGUGAUACCAAGGCCACCGGGAAAGAGAUGAACGGCAAGAACUUUGCCAAGCUCUGCAAGGACUGCCACAUCACCGACGGCAGGAACGUCACGUCCACGGAUGUGGACAUUGUCUUCAGUAAAGUGAAGGCAAAAACAGCUCGUGUCAUCACACUUGAGCAGUUUAACCAGGCUCUGGAAGAGCUGGCUUCCAAGCGCUUUAAGGGGAAGAGCCAGGAGGAGGCGCUACAACAGUUGCAUGGUCUCAUUGCUGGGAAGGAACCAGCCAAUGCGGGAAUCACUAAAGUGGCAAAAGCGGCUGCAGUGGACCGACUGACCGACACCACGAAGUACACCGGCUCCCACAAGGAGCGCUUUGACGAAUCGGGGAAGGGAAAAGGGAAGGUGGGGCGCCAGAACAUCCCCGACACCAGCGGCUACGUGGGCUCAUACAAGGGCCAGGGCACCUAUGAUGACAAGGUGAAGAAAGCGUAA